AUGCGAUCUCUUAACGAUCAUGAUUUUGCGGAGUAUCUCAAGCGAAUAAGGGAUGGGAUUGAGCCUACCAUAUCUGAGGACUUGGUACAUAUAAAAGCACACAUGGCAAUACCAUGGAAAGGUGAGGCAUCAUUACACAAAUUAAUAGAAGAAACUUUUCCAAAUUUGCAAUCUCAUAGGUGGGAUGCAUCUUACAUGGUGGAGAGAGCGAUAUUGACACCCAAAAACCAUGAUGUACAACAGCUCAAUGAUAUAAUCAUCAUAUCAUCCUUUGAUGAAGUAGAAGGAGAUACAAAUAACAUGUAUCAACAAGAAUAUCUUAACUCAAUCUCCACGGGUGGAUUGCCACCUUAUACAUUGAAGGUAAAAAAGGGUGCUCCUUUGAUGUUACUGAGAAACAUAGAUCCUAAGUUGCCAUCACAACUUCUGGAUGCUGCCUUCAUCACGCAGCCAUUGUUGCUGCUGCAACUGGUCUCACCUCCUGCCUCCCUCACGCAGCACUGUCCUGCCGGUGACAACUCUGUUCCACCACGCUCCUCCCCUUCAGUCGCGAUUGCGAAUAAUCUUGAAUAG